CAGGCGCCCCGGAAAUGUUUUCCAGUGUAUGUGUGUUUGUUGUUGUGAGUGAAGUGUGGGCAUGGACUCCUGUGCAGUGAAGCAGUUCAGUCUUAGGUUGAUUUAACUGAACCCAUGAUGAACUUUGAUAGUCUCGACCCUGCGAUGGGUGAAUACUCAACCAGCCUUCAUGGGACUCUGGACGCAGGCCUGGAGCCCUCCAUGGACCCACACCUGAACCCAAACCUACUACAGGGUGUGGAGCUGGACCCGGAGGGACUGGCUGUGACUGUUCCCGAGCCUGUGCACCUGAUGGAGGGGAUCUUUUCUGAGUUGCACAGUGUAGUUUCAGAAGUUGGCAUUCCAGUCACUGCAACACAUUUUGACCUGCAGGAAGAAAUGCUCUGGAUGGGAAACCACAGAGGUCAUGUAACAUCGUUCUUUGGACCUACAAUGGCUCGCUACUCUUCUUUCCAAGUGCACACAACUGAUGAUGUCCGACACAUUCAGAGUUUGGAGACAGGCGUACUGUUCCUUUCUAAAAGCAACCUCAAAUGUUACACUCGUGGAGGCCUUGUCAUGUUUGAUUAUCCGAUGGAGGAAGGAGCUGAUAUGCACAGUCUCCUCAUGACUGAUAACAACACACUGCUCAUGGGUGGACUACAAAACUAUGUGGUUGAAGUUGACUUGAAUACAGUUCAGGAAACUCAAAAAUUCACUGUUGAGGUACCUGGAGUGGCAAUAAUGCGUCAUACCAAUCGUUUCUUCUUCUGUGGCCAUACUUCUGGCAAAGUGACCCUUCGGGACUUGCGUACCUUUAAGAUGGAGCAUGAGUUUGAUGCAUUUUCUGGCAGUCUGUCAGACUUUGAUGUUCAUGGAAACCUUCUGGCUGCAUGUGGGUUCUCCAGCCGAGGUCUGAAUGGUUUGGCAUGUGACCGUUUCCUCAUGGUGUAUGAUCUCCGCAUGAUGCGAGCUGUAACCCCCCUUCAGGUGCACGUGGAUCCCCUAUUCCUGCGCUUCAUUCCUACAUACACAUCACGGCUUGCAAUCAUCUCCCAGACAGGUCAGUGCCAGUUCUGUGAGCCCACUGGCCUCGCCAACGUGGCUGAUAUUUUUCAUGUCAACACAGUGGGCCAGUUGCUCAUGAGUUUUGACGUAUCGUCCAGCAAACAAGCCUUAGCCUUCGGGGAUUCAGGGGGAUGUGUGCACCUAUGGUCCGAUGCUCCGGAAGUUUCAUUCAAUGACUACUCUCGGGAGACAGAGUUUGCUCUGCCCUGCCUUGUGGACACACUGCCUCAGCUGGAUUGGAAUCACGACCUACUGCCCCUCUCUCUCAUCCCCAUGCCACUGACAAGCACCGAGCCUCUGCUGUCAGACUGGCCCACUGCCCUGGCUACACCCAGCCCCAGACGAGCCCCUCUGGUGGACCCAGAAAUCCUGCGCACCAUGAAAACCGUUGGCUUCAUUGGUUACGCAGCAAAUCCCCGUACCCGCCCCCGGAACCAGGUUCCUUAUAAAAUUAAAGACGUGGAACCUGAUUAUGAUAAUUACAACCAGGUCCCUGAAUCACCAAUAGGACGUGAUGAAGAGCCACACCUUUACAUGGUCCCCAAAAAGUAUAGAAAGGUCACAAUUAAAUACUCUAAACUUGGACUGGAGGACUUUGACUUCAAACAUUACAACAGGACCCUGUUUGCUGGCCUGGAGCCACACAUUCCCAACGCCUACUGUAACUGCAUGAUUCAGGUAUUAUAUUUCCUGGAGCCGAUUCGGUGUCUUGUGCAGAAUCAUUUGUGUCAGAAGGAGUUUUGUUUGGCCUGUGAGCUUGGUUUUCUCUUCCACAUGUUGGAUUUGUCACGAGGAGAUCCAUGUCAGGCCAGCAACUUCCUCAGAGCAUUUCGGACCAUCCCUGAAGCCUCGGCACUGGGCCUGAUCCUCUCAGACUCUGACGAGCAAACGGGGAAGGCUAGACUAGGUCGCUUAAUACAGAGUUGGAAUCGGUUCAUCCUCACUCAGCUCCACCAGGAGACACAGGAGCAGGAGGGUCCGCAGGCCUACAGGGGAGCUAGCAGCAGUUCUUUGGGCUCCUCUGGUGAGUCUGUCAUCGGAAAGCUGUUUGGUUGCGAAGUUGAAAACAGCAGUCUGUGUCGCUGUGGCAAAGAAACAGUCCGCUCCUCCCUAACGCUGCUCUUCACCAUGCAUUACCCCGAGCAGAACUCUCACGAAAAAACAAUAAAGGAGUACGACUUUGCUGAGAUCCUGAAGAGAAGCAUCUGCCUGGAGCAGAGCACUCAGGCAUGGUGUGAAAACUGUGAGAAGUAUCAGCCCACAGUGCAGACACGCAACAUCCGAUGUCUACCAGACGUUCUGGUCAUAAACUGUGAGGUGAACAGUGCCAAAGAGGCUGAAUUCUGGAAAGUUCAGGCUGAGUAUGCUUUCAAUAAAGCCAUGCAGAAAGAGGCGAUGGAACCUGCAAAACCUAAAGAACCACCACCCAUGCCCACCGAGUGGUGCUUGGAUGGAGAGGAAAUUUGCAAUAUGGAAGGCAUCACCUUUGACACGCGGGCAGAGGAUCUGCGCCACAUCUGGAUCCCUGCCACUCUAAAGAUGUCCAUCAGCAAAAGUCAGGGACUGGAGAUCUGCAGCUGGCCUGAGGGCGAGGAGUUAAGUGUUGCUGAAGAGGCCGAGGGAGCUUCUCUGUAUGACUUGGUGGUGACGGUGCCACACAUCCUGGAUGCUCGCACGGGUGGUAAUCUGGUUGCACACAUCAAAGUGGGUGAGACCUACCAUCAAAGAAAAGAGGGAGUCACUCACCAGCAGUGGUAUCUCUUCAAUGAUUUCCUAAUUGAACCCAUUGAUAAGACUGAGGCUGCACAGUUUGAUGUGAUCUGGAAAGUGCCAGCCAUCCUGUAUUACGCCAAGAGGAACUACCACACCAAAUACGACCUCCGCAUUAAAAAUCCCAUAGAUGCUAGUGUGCUGCUCACAGAGGCAUCACUGGCCCGGAAGCAGAGGAAGACGCAUGCCACUUUCAUCCCCCUCAUGGUCAGUGAGAUGCCGCAGGCUGGUGACCUUGUGGGUUUGGACGCUGAGUUUGUAACACUCAAUCAGGAGGAAGCAGAGCUGCGCAGUGACGGCACCAAGUCCACCAUUAAGCCCAGUCAGAUGUCUGUGGCCAGGAUUACCUGUGUGAGGGGUCAGGGGCCCAACGAGGGCGUCCCCUUCAUCGAUGAUUACAUCUCCACUCAGGAGCAGGUGGUCGACUAUUUGACGCAAUAUUCUGGCAUCAAACCUGGAGACCUGGAUGCCAAAAUAUCCUCUAAGCAUCUGACCACUCUGAAGUCAACCUACCUAAAGCUGCGCUUCCUCAUUGACACAGGAGUUCGCUUUGUCGGUCACGGCCUACAGAAAGACUUUCGUGUUAUUAAUUUAUUGGUUCCAAAAGAUCAAGUUGUUGACACUGUCCACCUCUUCCAUUUGCCCCGCAAGAGGAUGAUUUCACUGAGAUUUCUUGCUUGGUAUUUUCUUGACCUCAACAUCCAGGGGGAAACCCACGACAGCAUAGAAGAUGCACGCACUGCCCUGCAGCUGUACAGAAAGUACUUGGAGCUGAGUCAUGGAGGUGGGAACGAUGAUGUGAGGAAGGUUCUCAAGGGACUCUAUGAAAAAGGGCGCCAGUUGGACUGGAAAGUCCCAGAAUCGGACGCAGGAGAUGGUCAAGGUAGCCCAAAAAGUGCUGCUGUGUUUCCCUCUGUGAUGGGGCUGUGAGCAACACUGUGACCUGAAGAUGCUCUUGCUUGUUUUUUUCAGAUGGUGUCACAUUUUAUACUUCUUUGCUUUGUGUACAGUGCUCAUGUAGAUCUGUCUACUGUCCACUUCUGCUGUAAACAGAGCAAGUCAGUGACUGAAGUUUCAGUCAUGUCUAAAUUUAUGCUUUUUAGGGCAAAGAUUUUCAGAAAAAUGUGAUUGUAUUUUAGGAUUUUUUUUUUAAACAUUAAUAUUUUUUGCAUGUAAAUGAAUACAUGAGUGCUUGUUGUUUGAUACCAGGAAG